CAUUUUUGUUUGACGAUGUAAGGUCUGUUUUCAACAGAGAUAAUUGUUUUUUCUGAUAAGCAAAGUUAUUAGUGGUCAUUUGACCGGGUGAUUUGGUGUGUGAGCCGGGUCUUUGACUAAGUUCUAGUGUUAUUAUUAUUAUGGCCUGUUCAACUACAGAAGAAGGACCUCGCUCGUUUUCCCACCCUCUCCACGCCAGAAAACUUUUACACGAACUGAAUGAAUCAAGGAAGUUAACUCAACUCUGUGACGGUGUAGUUAUCAUAGGAGAUGAGCAAAUUCCAGUUCAACGGAAUAUUCUGUCGGCUGCCAGCCCAUACUUCAGGGGUGUGUUCAGCUAUGAGGAAGGAAAUGAGUCCCCGGCUGCUGAUCGUAAGCCAUCAGUCCUGAACCCAGCUGAGAUCAGUGUCGAGACGUUUGAACUGAUCCAGGACUACAUCUAUACAUCGGAGAUUUACCUGUCAGAUGAGAACAUCCAGGAUGUGCUCCAGGCAGCUGACAUGUUGUUGUUGUCUGAUUUGAAGGACCUGUGUUGUGAAUAUCUGGAACAGUGUAUCUCCUCCUCUAACUGUUUGGGCAUACAGGAGUUUGCGGCGCGUUUCUCCUGUCUCUGGGUGCUUCACAAGGUCACCAAGUAUAUUGAUUCUCGCUUCAGUGAGGUGAGCUUUUCAGAUGAGUUUGUCAAGUUACCUGUGGACAAACUGAAGAAGCUGCUUGUGCGAGACACCCUACAGGUGAGGUCUGAGGAAGAGAUCGUGGAGUGCAUCAUUCGCUGGUACCAGGCAAAUCCCAAGCAACGAGAACAUGAGAUCAACGAGCUUGUUACAAGCUGCGUUAGGGCCAGACUGAUUUCUGAGGACUAUCUACAAGGAUCGCUGUGCACAGACACAAACCUCAAGUCUUCCUGUGUUACAGACAUGAUUAUACAGAAUCGCCGCCUGGUGUCUGAGAUGAAAAGAAGGGGGACAACCUACAGUAGCUGUGAGACUGAGGUGAAGAACACAGUGCGUUGCAUUAAUUUAGCUGAGCCAAACCACCGGUGCACCCAGUGGGUGGAGUUGGCUCAAAUGGGAACCCCAAGGAUCGCUCAUGGGCUCGUCGAAGCAGGUGGGUGUCUUUAUGCAAUUGGAGGCCGGGAUGACAACAGUAGGAUUCUGAACACAGGGGAGCGCUAUGAUCCGCAGACAAACACCUGGACACCAAUCGCACGCAUGUUCCACGCCAGAGUAGGCUUUGGGCUGAUGGCAGUGGACGAUAAGAUAUAUGCUAUAGGCGGGAGUAAUGACAUGUCUAGUCCAAUCACAUCAGCAGAGGUGUAUAACAUCUAUACAAACAAGUGGAGGAAGUUGCCUGACAUGAACUUGAAACGAGUUUGGGCAGCAUACGCGGCAGCCGAAAAGAAGAUAUACGUCAUUGCAGGGGGAAUCAUGGGUAAACUGUAUGAGGCCGUGGAAUGCUUUGACACACGAUCAGAGACUUGGUCGUCUGUGGCCCCCAUGCGAGAGAGGCGGUUUGAUGCCCGGGCAGUGGGAGCAGAUAACAGCAUCUAUGUGUUUGGGGGACUACGCCGACUGGAGUGCCCCAGCGCCAUGCACGGCGGCCCCAUGAUGAAGUUCUGUCAGACGGAGAUGUACUCGCUGGAGAACGGACAGUGGAGUCAGGUCAACCCGACGGGCUUUGGCCUCUGUACUAUGAGAGACAAUUCCCAUGUGGAUGCUGCACUGUAUGACGGCUCUAAUAUCUACGUGGUCGGGGAACUGGAUGUGGGUGGGAUGUGCCACAGUGUAAGGGCAUAUAACCCACAAACCAACAUCUGGAGCUGUGUAGUACAGGGUAAGCUGCUCAAUCAGCGCUCCAUCCAGUCCAGUGUCAUAGACCUGCCCCUGUUUGUCCUGCACUCCCUUCAGUGGAGUCAGGAGAAGCUGGGCUCCACAGAAACCAAGCAACAGAAACUUGGCUAACUUGACCGCAGUAUCUCAUUCCAGGGGGACUGUUCAUAAUACUCUGAAAAAAACAUUUUCUUGUACUUCCUUAUGAAAAAGCAACUAAAUUUAGGAGAAAUUUUACUCUGAAAUAAGAUUUUGUGAAACUGGGCCCUGGUUGUCACUUGCCAGAGGCGUGUUGGCACAGGGUACAACAGGCAGAAAGAGAUAAGUGUUAUCACAUUGUCUUUCAUUUCAAGCUUUCUGGAACAGAAGUUCUUAACCAAAAUUAUACUCGUAUUUCUGUAUUGGAAUUAACCAGGAAUUUUACCAGCUUGUUAAAACCACCAUUUUGAUGUUUGUAACUUUUGGACUGUUUUUUUAGAUGGCCAUGCAUUUUAUUCUAAUACAUCCAGGGAUUCAGUUUUAUGGGCAGAGGAAACUGGAGUGCCUGUAAUCAACAGCCGAUCUUCACAAGAUACUUGACAAACAUUUUGGCUUAAAGCAAUUUAUUAAGUUCUCUGUAAUAGUCACAGUGAGCCAGCACUUUAACCAUCUAAGACAGAGAGGCACUGUUUAAAUGUUGUAAUAUUACUAUGACUCGUAAUAGCUAGUAAGAAUAUUUGUACAUUUACCAUCCUCCUCCAUGGAGAGGUAUAUGUAAUUGCUAUUAUGAGUGAAUUUGUCAAAAAUAAUAAUAAUUGCUUGGAGGGUGUUGUAAGUAUGUUCUGCUAUUAGUGCACAUCCAUUACUACUACGUGUGGUUCAAGAGACUUAGCAAGACCAUUGUAAAACCAUUAACCAUGGAGUUAAAUUCAAAAUUCAUUCAUAAAAGUUUUAUGUAGUAGGACUAGAUUGGAUGAUUUUUCUCAAACUGCAGACAGAUAAUGUAAACUCAACUGAAAAGGGAGAUUUGACCUCAAGUUAAUAUGUCAUCUGUACAGUCCACAACUGGUCUGCCUGUCUUACAUGGUGAGGAAUGGAAGAGUGAGUGAGUGCUUGGGGUUUAACGUUGUACUCAACAAUUUUUCAGUCAUAUGACGACGAAGGAAUGGAAGAAGCUAAGUACUGUACAUUGAUUAAAAACAAUUCGAAAGUAAAGUAUCUUUAAAAUAAUGUUCACUUUCUGUAAUGUUUGUUUUUGUACAUAUAUUUUUCAUCAUGUAUUUCUCAAGCUGCUUAUAAAAUUUGGUAUACAUGUGCAUGUAUUAUCUAGAUCCUCUGCCAUGUUUCUUCUCCAUGGAGGGCCAAAGGCUAGAAUGAUAUUCUAAGAUUUCCCUCUGCACAAUGGUCAGGGUAAUUGAACAUGGGUGUCAGAUGGUUUCUUCAAUUUUCUCUUAUGAAAGGUUUUAAUGAAGAAAAGUCUGGCUACAUGUACAUGUAUGUGUUGCUUGGGUUCAUCCUACUGACCAUACUGUAAUCUUAAAAUCUCUUCAUAUUCACCAAUUCUGAAUACUUCUUGUUGGACACAUGUAAAUUACCUCCCUUGUCAAGUGAAAGGGGUGGUUGAGGGAACAGCAUGUCAAGUCCAAGUCAAGGGUGUGAUUAUGUGGAAAGACUGGUGGUGUUUGAACAACGCAUCAAGGGAUGAUAUCAUUGAAAAUCUCAAUGUGAUUGGUCAACCUUCAGUAGGCUGGUGACUCCAGUACUUCCAUGUAAUUUUAAGCUCUUGUUUUGUCUGAUCUGGUUGUCUCUGAAUACGAGGUGGAGCGACAAUCAAAUAAGUAAGUAAAUCUCUGAUCAGGCUUAUCACAAAAGCAGUGUAUAUGUAUAUGGCUGUCAACUUUCAAUUGAAUAAGCCUUGUCGACUUAAGAAAAAGUGCUCAACUUUCAGGUUUUGUAAUAUGCAUGGAUAACAAUUUUCAUCUGAUGAGAAGAUUUUAAAUGAAAUCGGCACUUCAGAGUAUCUAAUCUUUGAGGUUUUGUAAUAUGCAUGGAUAACAAUUUUCAUCUGUUGAGAAGAUUUUAAAUGAAAUCGGCACUUCAGAGUAUCUAAUCUUUGAGGUUUUGUAAUAUGCAUGGAUAACAAUUUUCAUCUGUUGAGAAGAUUUUAAAUCUGCACUUCAGAGUAUCUAAUCUUUGAGGUUGUGUAAUAUGCAUGGAUAACAAUUUUCAUCUGUUCAGAAGAUUUUAAAUGAAAUCGGCACUUCAGAGUAUCUAAUUUUGACCAAAAUGGCCAAAACUAGUCGUUUUUCUAAUUUAUGUCAGUUAGUUGAAGACAUUUCUGUUGAUAUGUAUGGUGAAAGAUUCUCGUUGCUGAAUAUGUUAAUGUCUGUAGCCUGCUGAUGUCCACAGCAUUGUUUAAUUGUACGAUUAAGUCCAUCAUGUAUCAGUAUAAAUCAUUCCUCAAAUCAUAGAAAUCAAAUCAUAAUAAUAAUUAUUAUGUUAGAUUCAUAAAUUCAUCAGUAGUCUGAGGUUCUGAUAAAGGAAAGGUGUGAAGUCUUGUCUGGCAAUACAAGUUUAUUGUACGGCGUAACAGGAAAUUUGGAAAAGUAUCGUGCUGUACUGUGCUUAGAGAAACGACGUCAUAAAAACCUUUUGGUUGUGUACAUAGAAGCGUCAACAACAUUACCAUUGUGAUUGUGCAAUCUUAGUGUUUAUGCUAAUGAGCAGCACCAUUAGUAGUAACCAUUGAGGAAAUCAUUUCUAUGCAAAUCCCACUCGUUGUGCUUGCCGUAGUCUGUAGACGUGUCAUCAACAUGUGCUGAGAUGUUCAUACUAAUUUUGCUUUCACAAAUUUGCAACAUCAUUUACACUGUGGGAACUUGUUUUAUAUUAUAGUUUUGUCUUGUGGGAUGGGGAUACAUGUGCGUUGUACAGACAAUUGUUAGUUCUCUUGCACAUGGAUUGUUCUAAGGUUAUGGGCAUUGUAGUAAAGUACAAAUUGUUUGUGUUGGAAAUCACCAUCUGAUAAAUACCUGCAUGGCAGGCCUUCUGGCAAUGUUAAUCGAUUUGCAUGGUUUGUUUUGUUGUGUAAAAGUCGGUUGGUCAGUAAAAUUUGGACAUACCAGUUUUUAACACGGGCCCAUCAUUAAGCUUGAGUGCAAGACAAAAAUGCAUUGUUAACAGGAUGUCAAAGCUACAGAGCAAAGUUGUACUUUUAUUUCAAAGCAGUGGGAAAAAAAUGAUGAAUUCAAUUAUGAAAGUUUCUUGUGUUAUUGUUAUAUGUUUAAUGAAUCAUUAUAACAGAUGGUUUACUGAAGCCAAUUUGCACACAGCUGACACUGUUUAAUUUGCAUUUAUUAUAUUAAAUUUUUUAUGCACUUUUUUAUGUGGUGUUACUGUAUGUGUUGAGUAGAGGAUACUGUUUACUUGUAAGUUACCUGUUAAUAGACAUGUACAUGCAUUGGUGUCAUAUUAGUGUUACUGUUAAAAAAGUUUUAAAUAAACUUUAUUUUACUUUGAA